AUGGGUAGAAAAGAUGCCUCUACAGCAAGAACUCCCGUUGACCAGUACAGGAAACAAAUAGGAAAACAAGAUUAUAAGAAAACCAGGCCUAUGUUAAGAGCUACAAGAUUAAAAGCAGAGGCCAAGAAAACUGCACUAGGCGUAAAG